AUGACGCGCCCUCGAAGCGCUAAACAAAAGUCAGCUCACGAAGAAAGAUUUGCGUCGCAAUCUUGGGAGGCUCUGCGCGAGUCUGGUAACCCUGUCUACGAGAUUGCUCGAGAGUACGCCGACGUGUUCCCGGACAAGAUUACGCCUAAACUUCCUGCCGAUCGUGGCGUGCGGCACGAGAUCGAUCUCGUGCCAGGAUCAAAAUAUUGUGUGACACGGCAAUGGCCGUUGCCUCGAGACCAAGUCGAGGCUACUGAUGCAUUCUUUGAAGGUCAUCGCAAGGCCGGUCACGUGCGUGAGAGUGUCUCACUCCAUUCGAGUCCAACCUUCUGCGUGAAGAAGGCUACGGGAGGCUGGCGUAUAGUGUAUGCGUUUAACAAGCCAAACGAUGCCACCAUUACUGUCCAAACGCCCAUCCCCACAAGAGACAUGGUUCUCAACCCCAAAUCAGGAAGCGCCAUCUCCAGCGCCAUCGAUUUGACCGAUGGCUUCUACCAGAUCUUGAUGCGACAGAGUGACAUACCACUCACUGCGGUGAGCACCACGAGUGGUGUGCUAUGGGAGUGGCUGGUGAUGCCACAGGGAUUAAAGAACUUACCAGCCACUUUCAUCCGCAUGGUGUCUCGAGUGUUUAGACCGCUUCGAGACUUUGCUCCUAGCUACUUCGAUGAUAUCUUGGUCCACAGUCGCGCUGAGGGUACUUUCAGCGCCGUACAAGUUUACCUUCAACACCUGCAGCAAGUGUUUCAAGUCAUGCGGGAUAACAAGUUGUGUGCAAACUUGAAGAAGUGUGUAUUCUGUGCACCGGAGAUUCCGGUGCUGGAUUGCUACGUGAGUAAAUUCGGAGUUCGAGCCGAUCCAGAGAAGGUGUCGUCAAACCGUUCUUGGCCCACACCCAAGAAUCCUACGAAGUUUCGUCAAUGGCUCGGUCUAGCUAAUUACUUGCAUAAGUACACAAAGGAUUACGCCGUGAAGAAAAGCCUGGCUGUGGCGCUAGUGUUGAUACUCCCUGACGACACCAAGCCGUUUUACGUGGUGCGUGAUGCAAGUGACUUUGCAAUUGGUUACGCCCUCAUGCCGUUUGAUCAUGAGGGCCGUGAAAGAGUCGUGGGUUACCAAUCACGACAGAUGAAGCCGACGGAGAAGAACUAUCCAGUCCACGAUAAGGAGCUAUAA